CUGCGCGAUGAUUGCUACGCCGGGCUUUUCCAGGCAACGACGAAAAAUCGAUUUAUUAUUACUAGCCAUUGCCGUUUUGGCAGUAACGGGGAACGUUUUUGCCAAAGUACACGAAAUUCCAUCAAAAGGUGCAGCGGAGCAAAGAGAUGUCGUAGAUUGUCCACCAGAGGGAAAUACAUUCUUACCACACGAAUCUUCUUGCACCAAGUAUUACUCUUGCGAAGAGGGAAAUAAGUAUGUGGGUGAAUGUCCUGAAGGCAUGAUAUAUGAUUAUAUUAGAAAAGUUUGCGAUAAAUCGCAUACCGCCAUAUGUAUAAACCAAAAGCAUAACGAUACCCCCCUAAGUGAAAAUUGCUAUUUUCCAUCUGAUUGCCCAUCCGUUGGCCAUAGUCGCUAUUCUCAUGAAAGAGAUUGUAAGUUAUAUUACGAUUGCUCCAACGGUCGCAAAUGUAUCCUGUCGUGUUUCCAAGGGUACGUCUUCAAUCCAAUGAUCGGCACGUGCGAUUUACCCAAAAACGUACCUAACUGCAACGUUUAUGCAUCACUUACGUCCAACGCGUAA